AUGUUCUUGGGAUUUUCUGGAUCGAAGAUUACUGAAUGGGCACAGGACUUUGUGAGUAUGUCUUCUAUGACAUUUGGCCAGAAGACCUUCACCCCAACUCCCCCUGAUAAGGGAAGCUUUCCUCUAGAUCACGAAGGUGUUUGCAAGAGAGAAAUGAUACACUACAUGCUGUGCUUGCGACAGAAUGAUGGCCUGAAUUCCUUGUGCCAGGAAACUGCCAGGGCUUACUUCCAGUGCAGAAUGGACAAUGACUUGAUGGCCAAAGAAGACUGGACAAAGCUUGGUUACCAAGACAGCAAAGACUAA